AUGGAGGCUUUGCACGGCGUCGAUGUCUCGUGGAUACACAAGCCGAAAGAGCACGAGCAUCGCAAGACAAAUUCGACUUCAAGUCCGAGUCAGCCGCGCGAUGUCACAAAGUCAAGAUCCAACGAGGCUGCCCCACCAUCGCCCAUAUCAACAGCAAGUCCGCAGACGCCCAUCACGAACAAUAGCAAUAGCAGACACUCGCACUUUCCCGGCUCAGUGACACCCGCUUCCCUCUCUGCGGCGACGCGAGAUCCCGCCACCGCUCAACCCGCCCCACCGACCCCGCCCGCGUCGGUCAACGCCGGGAGACAACAGCAUUCGUCCAGACGGCCGGGCCUGCUCUCACGUGUCAGUUCGGAGAGGGUUACUGGUGACGGAAAGAGCAUGCCCCGGCGAAGCUCGUGGAUCUCCAACAUCUCCAACAAGUUCUCCUCCACACCUGAAGCCCAGACGCCCCACAGCCUUCCCUCGCCCACUGCACCGGGAGCUAGCAUUGCUCCCAGACCGGGCCAGUCUCGAGAAGACGAGGAGGAACUUCCUUCGGCAUCUCCAUYGAAAGGAUCGUCGUUCUUCUCUAGCCUGACGAGGAAACUGUCGUCAGGACAGACUGCUAGCACACCACGGGUUAGCGGCAAAGGCGGCGUUUGUCAGCGUAGGGUGCUCAACGUUGACCCCAACAGACCGAGAUGUUUGGUACCCGAACUUGACCCCGCGAGGCUGCGAAAAGUCUCCUUUUGCGUGGAUGUGGAGAUUGCUGGCGGGCCAAGAUAUAGGGACGAUGAGGACGACGAUCCAGAGCGCAAGCAGAAGAAGAGGGAUGUCAGAUUGAAGGAACGAGGAGAGGGUGAAGCUCUAAAGCAUCCCGAGGUGCAAAAUGAGGAGAAAUAUGCGCAGGACGAGGCUGCCCUGAACAGCAAGACCGAACCUUUGCCGAUUCCCAACGGGAAGCAUAACGCUGGUGACGCUUCAGGAAGUCGUGAACGAGACGAAAGCAUCAGUCCACCUAUUGGGAGCAUCGAUGCGUCGCCCAGUAUUGACAGGAAGAAGGAAAAGAAGAAGCGGUCCGAAGAGGAACGCAAGGAACGCAAAGAAAAGCGUCGAAGACGGGCAGAAGAAAAUGGAUCGAUACCCGUGGAGCUUUCCAUGGAUAUGGAUGCCUCUUCUCCAGAGACUGUGUCAUCUUUUCUGCCAGGUAGACCUCACGCAUCCAGCCGUGCUGUCGACGUGAAUCGACCUACCACAGACCCGGUCCGGAUUUAUCGACGAUGCUGUCAACUGCGGGAGACACCUAUCCUUAAACGAAUUACCGAGCAGUUGAUGUCGCCGACUUGUUGCGUUCCCCUGGAACCUGGCGUUGUACAUUGUCUCGACUUGACGGGCUCGCGAUUGCAAUUGGCGGACAUGGUCACUCUUGGAGAUUGGCUGGCAGUUGUGCCAGUCAAGAAAUUGUUGCUCGAAGAUGCAGAUCUUAGCGACGAGGGACUGCGCUGCAUUCUCGCAGGACUUCUCGCCGCCAAAAGACCGGAGCCCACCAAGCGAAGGAGCACAUCUCCUCGGCAUAGAAUGGCUGCCCAACCCAGGCUUCGUACAGAAAGGAGUGGGAUUGUAGAGAAACUGCACCUCAAGAACAACCCACGAAUAACUCGCAUUGGCUGGAAACACAUUAGCUUAUUCCUUUAUGCUUGCAAGUCCAUCAAGGCCAUUGAUUUGUCCAUGAUCCAAUUCCCGGCCACACUACCGCCAAGCGCACACUCCAACCAAGCCAAGGUCUCAACAAAUGGUCCCAAGGUACCCAACCAGGAGACCGACGCCGCGGAGACGUUCCUGAAAUGCCUAAGCCAGCGAUCAGGUGGCAACCAUCUCGAAGAGCUGAUCAUGUCGGAGUGUGGCAUGACGGCGCCGCAGAUUCGCAAGAUCGUUGAUGGUGCCAUCAUGUGCGGCGUGAGUAGACUCGGGUUCGCCGGCAACCAACUCGAUGACCAAGGGCUUGAAUCUGCUUUGCUAUUUCUGAGAUCUGGAGUCUGCGGCGCCCUGGACAUUGGUGGUAACGAUYUCAAGAACAAACUUGGACUGGUAGCCGACGCACUGGAGUGCAGAACUGGCGACGAGCCUUUGUGGGGGUUGAGCCUGGCGGGCUGCAAUCUCGACACCGAAUCUGUGAAGCCGUUGUUCCCAGCUUUGGUCAAGUUGCCCAACCUCCGCUUCAUCGAUCUAAGUCACAACCCGGAUCUCUGCGGUAGGGACAAUGGAACCAUCUCGUUACUGCGUCGCUACAUCGGUCAGAUGAGGUGCCUCAAGCGUAUUCAUCUCGCUGAUGUUGGCAUGAGUGCAAAGCAAGCCAUUGCACUCGCAGAUGUCCUGUCCGAAGGACCCCAGCUAGCCCACAUCAGCAUCCUGGAAAAUGCCCAGCUCAGCGCCCUCGCAAGUGCCAAGGAUGAGGAAUCACAGGAGGAAGCGUGUGCGCUGUACGCGAGUUACAUGGCCGCUGUCAGAGUCUCCAACACACUGAUCUGCAUAGACAUUGAUGUUCCGAGCCCUGACAAUUCAGAAAUCGUCAAGGCUCUGGCAAAACAGGUCGUGGCGUACUCUUUGAGGAACAUGGAACAUUUCGCCCUUGCAGAAGUCACUGGAGGCACCUUAGCAAACGCUACUGCAGACGCCGCGGCAUCUCUCACGGCUGCACAUGGCGGGGAGCAACACCUAAAGGAGAUUGCGUACCCUGAUGUGCUGAUGCACCUUGUUGGCCACAUUGAGGGCGAGACGGAGAGUCAAGACAACGACGACACGGCUCCAGAUGAUGACUACAUCGUGGGCGGAACCGGCGUUGUCAAGGCCCUCCAAUACGUUCUUGGUGAAAAGGCGGACGAUGUGAGGCGUGGCAGCAUGUCUCACGCAGCUUCCAAUGGUAGCUGGACACCUCGGGAAAGACCUGGAUCGUCUGCAGGGGUGGACGAAGAACAGCGAGGCAAAGCAAAGAAGAUGAGCAAGAAUCUUCUGGAUUCCGCACGCAAGAUUCGUGCACGACUUCAACCCGCUCUCCACAAGGUGGCCACUGCGGGCGACGAGCUGGCAUAUCGUCGCCUCAACUUCCUCGACGAAACGCUGCAAAGCAUGAUUCAACGUUUCGAGGAGGAAUACCCGGAAACGAGAUUGAUUCCUUCAUCCCCCGUACCAGCUUCCCUGGCCUCCUCGGGCGCAGAACAUCCGGCUGCUCUUCAUUCAACCAACACGCGAAGCGCCAGGUCAGACGACGAAGACGAAUUUGAUGAGGGCGUACGACCUGCCUUCUCCCGCCACAACAGCGAUGUCUCGCUUGCAUCUCGCGCCCUGUCGAUGGAGGAAGGACAUCUCCAUCGUCUGGGUCAGCGGAUGCGCCRGUCGGUAGUCGAUUCUCCAGUUGCUGCCGUCGAAGACACCCAUUCGGCAAAGAUGGAGGAGGAAGCACGAAUGGCGGCGUUGAAGGAAAAGAUUGAGGGCAUCAGUGGACCUGAGUUGAAGACGCUGGUCGAGCACGAUGGCUGGGACCACGCGCUUGGGCAGAUAGGAGCCAAUCUGAACGAUUUGCGGACACUGCAGGAGGAGGACCCGCUGGCUUGGGAACAGUUCAAGGAUUCGCAGCUCAAGGCUCGGAUGAACCUCUCGCAGGAUACCGAUACCGAGACGGCCAAGUGA